UAAAAGCGCUCGCAUGGGCCCUUUUGGACAUCGUAUAAUUUUCGCUCUUAGAGAUGCUUGCCCUUUUUCUGAAGCUCGUCAAGCUUAAAGUUAAAGCUGUAGCGAAUAUGAUAAGUCAAAAUGUUUACAGUCGAGAGAUUUCUUAUUCGCCAAUGGACUGUUCGAGGACGAGCCGACUUGUGAAAAGCGUCACCAGGACUGAAGUCCGAGAGAGGUCCGAACGAUCCAGCUCGGUCUGCGCGGAGCCUGCACAGCCUCCAGAGUUGGACAUGGCAGCCUGAGGGCGGAACGAGGCGGUGCGAACGCUCUGACGCUGGAGAUUUUGGACCGUGACCUGAGCAGGUUGGCCGUCACGUGUCGGCUGCCUGGAGCUCCAGUGAGCUCACGGCGCAAGAACCAUGUUAGUGAGUCCAUCCUGGACCGAGUCGGAAAAGCGGUCUUUGCGAAUGACAGCCGCAAUGCCAUGAGUUUCUCUCUCAAUUCCAUGCUCUGUUCCUUCCCGGACAUUGGACUGAGCGAACGAGCCCACUCUUCUCUUGAGGCGGCUUGGCCAUCGUACGAUCGUACCAUCGCACUCGUGCCUGAGUGCUUCUGCUGGCGGCUCGAUUCCAUCGGGCUCCCGUUCCGGGUCCUGCCAUUAUUUUCUGCAAACAUUAUUCACGAGGCGAUUCUGCGCAGGACUGCCGCUUGCUGGCGACUUCUGACAGAGAUUUGGUUGGGGAAGUGCCUGCCGCUCGUGCGAGUGCGACGAGCGAGUUGGCUGACGACUUUCAUAGCGCCGGUAUAAAUUUCGAAGGUCUGUCUCCUCAAACUGCAAGCACGGUGCCCAUCUCCUGACCAAUCUCUUCUGCGCUCUUGGAUUCUUCCGGGAGCUCUCUCGAUACAGCUCUUCUUCCCGAAGUGUGAGUAAUCACAUCGACCGCGGUCGGAGUUCCCAAUCUUUUUCGCCUACGGACGGGGCUGGAAGGGCGACCUCGAUCGAGAUGAAAUCGAAGGAAGUGACGAGUCUGCAUACGGGCGAGUCCGAGCUGCCCGAGGGAGUGACGCGAUGGCGGCAGGGCAGAAUCCGUGACGGUAUACCAACCGGAGCGGAAAACGAAAGCUACCAUUUUGUGGUGCGCCAUGAGGAUUUUCUCGACCUUUUGGGCCCGUCCCCGCGCAUCGAGAAGGUCGCCGAAACGAACGCUCACGAGGGCCUCCUCUACAUGCCCGACACCGAUUCCCUUCUGUUCACCACCCUCGGGGUUCUGGAACACGCCCCGAACCAGAUCAAGAGACUAUGCCUGAAGACUCACGAGAUCUUCUUCAUCUCCGAGAACACGGACUACGCCAAUGGCAUGACACUCGACUGCCAGGGGAAUCUGCUCAUCUGUCAGCAAGGCUGUAAGGGCUCUCCGGCUUACAUCGAGAAGAUCGACCUGAAGACCGGCGUCUCGAGCAACAUCGCUGACAACUGGUACGGGCGCCGAUUGAACGGCCCGAAUGACAUCGUGGUCAAGAGCGACGGAAGCAUCUGGUUCACCGAUCCUGACUAUCCGAUGGAGCAAGGGUUCGGUGAAGAAAACCCCAUGCUCAAGAAUCAGGUGUACAGAAUCGAUCCGGAUGGGACGGUGGACGUCGUCGCCGACAAAUUCCAGAAGCCGAACGGGCUCGCCUUCUCUCCAGACGAAUCCCGGCUCUACGUCACCGACACUGGCUACUACAGCGGGGUACCGGAGGUGGACAAGAACCGGCCUCACAGCAUCACCGUGUUCGAUGUGAAGAACGGAAGGCAGGUGCACGAUCGGCGUUUGUUCGCCUCCAUCUGCGCCUUCGACGGGUCGUCGCUCGGAAUGCCCGACGGCAUCAAAGUGGACACCGCAGGGCGCGUGUACGUCGCCAACGCCGAUGGCGUCCAGGUGAUCAACGAGACCGGUGUCAUGCUCGGUCUGAUUCGCGUGGAGAAGGCGGUGACUUUGGCGUUCGGCGGCCCUCUGCUCGACACUCUGUACAUUGUCAACGACCAUGAAAUCCUGUCUGUCAAGCUUAACGCUACCGGUGCCGGACUCCCUUACGCGGGGACGUAUCACAAGUUGCCACAGUACGCAAAACAGUGAAAGCCAGAGAUUUGUUCCUUUUGUGCUCGAGGAAUAAAUAGCUCGUCUUUGUCUGCGAUGGUCCUGCAACUCUGAUCAUCACAUGCUGAUGUGAGAAGAGGUGCAGCCAGGUUUUUUAGCGAGGAGAUAGAUCAGCACUGCGUCCGUGUAUAGUGUACAAAUCGUCAGUAGCUGUUUCUCAUGCCUCGGUGUCAGCCCUUAAAAGUAUACGUGACUUCGACCUACGUUAACACUUGUGCCUUUUCUCGAGGCUUGCGGUUGUGGGAGGUGAAUUAGAGAUUAAUAUGACCACUCCCAGAGGUCGAGCUUCCUCUGGUUGCGGGGUUUACCUAUUAUCUGUUCAACAUGCCUCGAUGUGCAAUCACAAGUCUGUGAAUGAGUUUAUUAAGAUGCGAGUUUUUCAUAUGGCAUCAGCUUGCCUGCGCACAGCUUAUAAGAGCUUCGGCAACUCUUCU